CGGGAAGGCAGCGUGGAUUUGAACCCUCCUUGCAUCUGUGUGAAUGGGAAUGGGAAUGAGCCGCACCGGGCAGCAGUGAUGGAGACUCUGCCUUCAUAGUUACUGGAACUUAUUUCUCACCUCGAAAAGAAGGAAAGUGAGCGCGUGUGUGCGUCUUUGGGAUUUCUCUUUUCUUUUUUCUUUUUCUUUUUUGGGAUCCAAGCCCGACCAGGGAGGGUUAUUUUGAGGAGAGGGGAGGUUGUUUCACCCCUCUCUCUCUCCUCCUCAUCCUCCUCAUCCUGACUCGUCACCCUGUGGGUGUUUUUUCCCCCCUCUCUUAUUUUGAUAGAUUUGAAUUGACACUUGGAUUCUGUGGAGGAUUUAAAAAUACAUAUAUAUAAAAAAAGAGAAAUCAAACAUCAGCAGGAUCUGUUUGGCUGCUUGCUCCUGUUGGUUCCUCGGGUUCAUCGGGACUGGAGCAGGGGCAGCAUGGAGCUCGGUUUGGAUGGAUGUAUUGGUGAUGUUUGGGAGGUGCUGGUGCUGAGGAGGAGGACAGGAGGACCCUACCUGCUGCUGCUGCUCUGCUGGCUGCUGGCUGCUCACCCCACAGCGCACGCCUCGGAUGCCACCUCAUCUUCCUCCUCCUCCUCAUCUAGUCUCGGCAGUUUUGUGGACUUCACUUUCACUCAGGAGCCUCAGGACACAGUGACAGUGCGAGGGGGUGUGCUGCAGCUCGACUGCCAGGCCCAGUCCGACGCGGCGUUGGGACCUCCAACCAUCACAUGGCGAAAGGACGGUGUCCUGCUGAGCACGGUGGUGGACGAACGGCGGCAGCAGCUGGCUAACGGCUCACUGCUGGUGCAGAACGUUGUGCAUUUGCGGCACCACCGGCCCGAUGAGGGUGAAUAUCAGUGCCUCGCUACACUGGACGGACUGGGGAGCAUCGUUAGCCGGACUGCCAAGGUCACUGUAGCCGGUCCACUGAAGGUGGUUGUCCCCACUGAAUCCGUCUCCUCGUACCUCGGCGACACCGCCCUGCUGCGAUGCGAGGUCUCUGGUGACCCGAUGCCCGUCAUCCGCUGGCAGAAGAACAGGGAAGACCUACCGCUGAUCUUUGACCCUGACUCCCGCCUGGCGACCCUGCCGUCUGGCUCUCUGCAGGUCAGCCGUGUCCAGCCCCCAGACUCAGCCACGUAUCGCUGCCUGGCUGACAACCCCAGCAGCACCAGGACGGGGACGGACGCUGAGCUCCGAGUGCUCCCAGAGCCUGGGGUGAGCAGGAGCCUCCAGUUCCUCCAGCGUCCAUCCAGAGUAUCGGCUCUGCUGGGAACCGACGCCGUGCUGGAAUGUUCCGCGUCCGGAUACCCGACUCCGAGCAUCCAGUGGAGGAGAGGAGAGGAACUGAUCCAGAGCUGGAAUAAGAAGUACUCUCUGCUGGCGGGCAGCAAUCUGAUCAUCAGGAGUGUCACUGACGACGACUCCGGCGGUUACAGCUGUACGGCGAGCAACAAGAACCACAACAUCACUGCGAACACGGAGCUGAGUGUGCUGGUGCCUCCUCAGUUCCUGAACUACCCGACCAACACGUACGCUUAUGAGUCCACCGACAUCGAGCUGGAGUGUGCUGUGACAGGGAGCCCGCCGCCGACUGUCCGCUGGAUAAAGAACGGAGAGGAAGUCAUCCCCAGCGACUACUUCCAGAUAGUGGACGGCAGUAACCUGCAGAUUUUGGGUUUGGUGAAGUCAGACGAAGGAUUUUAUCAGUGCGUGGCUGAAAACUCUGCCGGCAGCUCGCAGGCCAUGGCUCAACUGCUGCUCCGAGAGCCAGUGUCCCCCAGCCCCGGCGUUGCUCUCCCCUCUGCCCCCCGCGACUUGGUCCCUGUCCUAGUGUCCAGCCGAUUUGUCCGUCUCAGCUGGAGCCCCCCGGAGGAGAUGGGAGGAGCUGUGCAGACCUAUGGCAUUUAUUACUCUCAGGACGGAGUCGAGAGGGAGCGGUCAGUGAACGUGUCAGAGCCGGAGUCUUUGGAGCUGACGGUCUCCAACCUGAAACCAGAGGAGAGCUACAGCUUCAGGGUCAUCGCUUACAACGACGUGGGACCAGGAGAGAGCUCCGCCCCCCUGAAGAUCACCACCAAACCUGACCUCCAGGUUCCCAACAGGGUGGAGUCUCUCCAAGCUGAGGCUCUGUCACCUACCUCCAUCCAGGUGAGCUGGGAACCUCCCAGCCAACCAAACGGGCCCAUCCUGGGCUACAGACUGCUGUGGACCGAGAGCCCGUCCGGCAAGGAACGGAGUGUGGAGGUGAAUGGAAACAACUACAAGAUGGACGGACUCAAUAAGUUCACAGAGUACACGGUUCGAGUUUUGGCGAUCAACCGCUAUGGACCAGGCACCGCCUCAGAGAUUGCCAGUGUCACCACCCAAUCAGAUGUGCCCAGCGCUCCUCCUCAGAACAUCACCUUAGAGGUUGUCCUGUCCAGGAGCAUCAAGGUGGCAUGGCAGCCACCUCCACGCAGCACCCAGAACGGCAUCAUCACUGCCUACAAGAUCAAAUACAGGAAGACAGGAAUACAUGGCCGACGUGUACUUCAAGAGGCCAUCGAACCCAACAACUUCUGGUACCUGUUCACAGGUCUAGAGAAGGGCACUCAGUACAGUUUCCAGGUAGCAGCGAUGACAGCCAACGGGACAGGUCCGGCAAGUGAGUGGUACUCCGCUGAGACGCCUGAGACCGACCUGGAUGAGAGUCAGGUACCCGACCAGCCCAGCUCUCUGCACGUCAGACCUCUGCCCAACAGCAUCAUCAUGUCCUGGACUCCACCCCUCAGCCCAAACAUCCUGGUUCGUGGUUACAUCAUCGGCUACGGAGUGGGAAGUCCCUACGCCGAGACGGUCCGAGUGGACAGCAAGCAGAGAUACUACUCCAUCGAAAACCUAGAGCCGAGCUCACACUAUGUGAUUUCCCUGAAGGCGUUCAAUAAUGCCGGAGAGGGAGUUCCUCUGUACGAGAGUGCGGUCACACGAUCUCUGACAGACCCCAUAGACCCAUCUGAGGAUGACCUCUUCCACCUCUUUGAUAAAUACCCCACUCCCAUGCCAGACACCAGCACUCCCAUGAUCCCCCCGGUGGGGGUCCAAGCCGUGGCUCUGUCCUCGGACUCAGUCCGUGUCUCCUGGGCUGACAACUCCAUGACCAAGAACCAGAAGUCGUCUGAGGUCCGGUACUACUCUGUCAAGUGGAAGACCAGUUACUCCACCAGUGGAAAAUACAAGUCUGCAGACACCACGGCACUCAGCCACACUGUCACCGACCUCAAACCGAACACUAUGUACGAGUUUGCUGUCAUGGUCACCAAAGGUCGCAAGUCCAGCACCUGGAGUAUGACGGCACACGCCACAACGUAUGAAGCAGCUCCUAGCUCCGCCCCCAAAGAUUUGACUGUGAUCAGUCGCGAGGGGCGACCCCGCGCCAUUUUGAUCAGCUGGCAACCGCCGAUGGAGGCAAAUGGAAGAAUCACAGGUUACAUCCUGUACUACACACUGGAUAAGAACAUGCCGAUAGAUGACUGGUUAAUGGAGCCGAUUACCGGUGACCGGCUGACCCACCAGGUUGUGGAUCUGAACCUCGACACGGUUUAUUACUUCAGGAUCCAGGCCAAGAACGCCAAAGGAGUCGGCCCACUGUCUGAACCCGCCCACUUCAGGACCGCCAAAGUGGAGCAUCCAGACAAGAUGGCCAAUGAUCAAGGUCGAGGUGGAGACCACGCCUACUGGCCAUCUGACACCAACCUGAUUGACAGGAGCAGCAUCAACGAGAAUCCCAUUGGUCAGAUGCGACCACCCCAUGGCAGCGCCACGCCUCAGAAGAAUAGCAACCUGCUGGUCAUCAUCGUGGUUUCUGUGGGAGCGGUCACCAUGGUGGUCGUCGUCAUCGUGGCGCUCAUCUGCACCCGCCGAUCCUCCGCCCAGCAGAGGAAGAAGAGAGCGAGCCACAGCGCCAGUAAGAGAAAGGGCAGCCAGAAGGACCUGCGACCGCCUGACCUCUGGAUCCACCAUGAGGAGAUGGAGAUGAAGAACAUGGAGAAAGCUCCCAGUGUUGCCCCCUCUGGACACGACUCGCCCAUCCAGUCCUGCCAGGACCUACCCCAGGUGGCACAUAGCCAAUCAGAGAGCCAGAUGGGCAGCAAGAGCAGCCACUCAGGAGCUGACGCCGACGAGGCAUCCAGCAGUAUCUCCACUCUGGAGCGCUCCCUGGCUGCCAGGAGGGGAACACGAGGCAAAAUGAUGAUUCCUAUGGACUCACAGCCGAGCAACACACCGGUGGUCAGUGCCAUCCCGGUGCCGGCUCUGGACUCCUCUCAGUAUCCUGGUAUCCUGCCUUCACCUUCCUGCGGCUUCACUCACAACAAGUUCAGCCUGAGACCGAUGCCCUUCCCCAGCCUGACUGUGGACAGAGGAUACACACCAGCGAUGCCCACGGAUACCUCUACGAAUCCUCUCCUCCAGCAGCAGCCUCCACCCCAGCAGGCCACUCCCCUCCUCCCAGGCUCCUCCGCCCCACCCACUGAGCACGUACCCGGGGUUGGCCCGGUACCGGGGGCCCCUGCCACUGUUGUCGCAGCUGCAGCCGCCGAGGAGGCCCAGGCUGGGAAUGGCCGGACCAUCCCGACGGCCUGCGUGCGACCCACCCACCCACUGCGAAGCUUCACCAACCCACUGCUGCCGCCACCCAUGGGCACCAUUGACCCUAAGGUUUACACCUCCAUGAUGCCGCAGUCCAGUGCAAGCCUUCCAAAGCCCCAGGUGAAGACCGCCUCUCUCGGUCAGGCUGGUAAAGCCCGCUCCCCUCUGCUGCCCGUCUCAGUGCCGACGGCGCCAGACUUACCGGAGGAGGGAGGAACCAAACUCGCAGAGGAUUCAGCCGCCAAUGUUUACGAGCAGGACGACCUUUCGGAGCAGAUGGCCAGUCUAGAAGGGCUGAUGAAGCAGCUCAACGCCAUUACCGGCUCCGCCUUCUAACCUCUGACCCCGGCCCAGCCCAGCCCUCAGCCAUGGUCCAGUAUGGAACCCUUCUUCAUGCCUUGAUGUCACCUGCUGUCCAUUCGCAAAGGGCGACAACAUGUCAAUCUGGGUUUGAAGACACCUGUGUGGAAUCAGACCUCCAUCUGUGCUGGGUUGAGUUUGUUUGGUUUCUACUGGUCUCAGCCAAUGUCUACUGUGGUGGGACCGGGAUUGGAUAGAAGGGAAUUAAGGAUAAACACUACAGCAGCACAUCAUCAACCCCAAGAACAGGACAAGGGUGGAGGGGCUACUUUAGGAGUUCAGACUGAAACCCCUCUAGAUUCUACAACCUCAAACACAAAACUAGAAAACCCAAUGCCUAGCGCCUUGACUUAAUGACACAGGAAGAUGGGAUUAUCACAAAAAAAGUUCUAAUAUCCCUCCUGUUUCUCUUUGUGGUAUUUAUUAGCAUCCUCUUCCGCUGAGUUAUCUACCACUCAGUUACUGUGACUGUACCUCACUUAUUUUUCAUGAUUGCUGUUGGAAGUAUUCCUUUUGUCUUUCAGUUUUUGUUUCGGUAUUCCACCUUUGUGCAGUCACAGGAUGUGUAUGUGGUUUGAAAAUGCUACCAGAACAUACAGUAACAAAUAGAAAACACAUCCUCAGCCACCAAAGUUCCACCAAAAUGUUCUGUUCUGUCCCUGGAUUUAAGGUUGCCUGUUGUGGCAACACAGUGUGAUCCUCUGUGGCAUUUCUUUUAUUCUCCUUCUAUUUUUACUCGAUGUCUUUCUUUUGGUGUGAUUUCAUUGGACCAACCAUCGCCCAUAACCCAUGCAGCCCUUCCACCUCUGGACCCUGAGGUUUAAAAAAUAAAGGGAUGAAAGAAACACAUAAGAGAACUUACUAGAUCAGUCGGAUCAUCUGUGUCUAGAUCCAGCAGACUCUACUCUUAUAGGACUGUAUAGAAAUCUCUAUAGACACCCACAGUCUGUUGCUGCUCUUGACCAAGCCUUUACUCUCCCUAACCCAGACAAAAUAUUUACCUACAAGGACUAGUGUUGUUGCCAAAUUCUCAUCUUUAAAAGCUUUCUGUAGCCUCCUUUGUUUUUGCUACUUGUUCAAGUUUGUCUCGGUCCGAAACCUGAACUGGAAGUUGGUUGCAAAGCAUUGAGAUGAUCUGUAUGUAACAAAUGUUACAAGAAAUCUGGUUUGGAUUGGCAGAACCUAUCCUGAACAAAGGUUGACCUUGGAUGGCAUGUGCUAAAUUGGUCCUCUUAAGAAUUGGGUUUUAAGGUGCAAACUCCUUGUCUACAAUUUGGCAUGUGCCACAGGAUGUUUGUUGCCCAGCAUUGGGCAUGAAUGAUGGGCCACAUGAAGAAUGGCCACACUCUGCAAAAUGGAGAAAAGUUGAGGGAGGACUGUGUUGGCUUUUGGGAUACCGGCUUAUGUGUUCACAAAAUAUAGAACAGAACACAAGUCAUAGUCGCAAGAUUCUAUGAUCACGGAAACAUUCUGUUUUCUUGAGAAACAAAAACAGUAAGAUUAAGAUCAUGAAGUCAGGAUCUUGAGAAAAAUGGGUCUAAUAAUAAUUAAUGUCUGGCGAACGAAUGGGAAUUUGGCAUCAGUGUGAUGAAGAGUCAGUAGUUAAGGCAGUGUUACAGCAACAGGAUAUUAUUGAGAUUAGAGAUGGUUCAUCAUGAUAAGGAGAAUGUCUACCAUGAUCAUGUUUUUUGUUCUUGUUUUUGUUUUUUCCACACUGCUGUUUCAGUGUGUGUGUUUGACUGAAGGUGAGUGUGUUGUCUUCAGGCCUGUGUUUGUCGAGUCCACAUUUAUUUUUCAUGAGAUAAACACACAUGUACCUCUGUCGACCUUGAUCGCCCACAUGGGAAAAUUGCAAAACCGCCAGCUUCACUUUGAGUUUACUUCAGGGCGUUCCGUUUUUUAUACAAAAACAAGAAGAAAAAAAAAGUAACAAAAACAUGAACACAAAUAAUGCAUAUUCCACAAAGUAUAUUUUUACAUUCGCCGUCCUAUCAGAGCUGUGUGUUUGUUUUAAAUCAGGGUUUGUGUUGUUUUCUUUGACACACUUUCAGACUACUCUGAGGUUAUGAGCCACCAUGUAAACUGAUAACCUACAGCCUUUGAACGCAUCCAAAAAGUGACAUUUUAUUCAGAAAUGUUAACUGUCAUGCACAUUUCUUUUUGUUCAGUUGUUUUAUAUACUUCAAAAGGUGGAACAGGGAAAGUGUUUGCAGUGAAAGGAUGACCUCUGUAAUGUGAGGUCAUCACAGAGAGCAUCCUCCUUUCAGUUCUUCAAAAUCAACAUGACUUUUAUUGACCAUGGAAAGAAAAUUUGAAGAAUUAGUGUCAGAAUUAAUGGGUUCUUAGCCGAGGUUACACUUGUGUGAAAGUGAAAGCAAUUUAAGUGACUUGCUAAUUAGGUCUUUUUUAAUACAACCACAGAAAUCCAUUUUUAUACCAACAGACCUGAAUCAAGAGAGAUAUUAACUGGGAAUAAAUUGAGUUACCUCCUUCAUUUUAACAAAGAAAAAAAGUUGACUUGAGUAUGGGAGAAAACGACGUGGUGAAUAUAUUUUUUGGAGUGUGCAGAAAGGCAGGAACUUAAAAUGAUAAAUGAUUCAUUAAUCAUUCAGUAUGUACCAUAUUUAACUGUGUCACCCCAGUCACCACAUUGUAAUUUUCAGACCUUUCUGUGAUGAAAGAAAAAAGCCUGAGGGAGACAGAGAGAGUGGAGGCAGAGGAGGUGAAUUGAUAUUCAGAGGUGGAUUGUAUGUGCACGCUAGGGCACGGAGGAAUGAGGCCGGGAAUUCAUUAUAACAACGUUUCAAAUAUUAUGAUUCAAGCUCACGCUCGCUGGGGUCGUUGCGGCAGUGGGGAGAAAAGUCCCGGAGACGGAGGGGAUGGAAAGUUAACGUUUCUGCAGAACGAGAGCGGGGAUGAAAGGUGAGCGAGCGCAGGCAGGCAGGCGGUGUGGGGAUCAAACUCAUCAGCGUGUUCUGGGAGAUACAUCCAGUCUGAGCCGAGCGCUUUCAUUCUGCUGCGAGUGGCUGCGUCAGAAAGCAGAGCUGCAGACAGAUGAAUUCAUCCAACACCGAAAUCUGACUUCAACAGUAAAUGCUAAAUUAAAUGGCAUGUUGACACAAGACAUUCCCUUUUUUACAGUGUCAAAAGAAGAAAGAAAUAUGAAAGCGGAGGAAAUUAUCAUAGUUAAACAAUCAGCCUGGGGGUAUGAAAUAAUCCAUCAGCUCUUAGAUUGAGUUCUUCUUUCCUGGCAGCCAUUUGUUAUUUGAAAAUUAACUUGCAGAGACUUCAAAGACUAAAGGAUUUGGAAAAAAGGUCUUAGAACAAACUUUAACACUCUGAUGUCUGCCACAACGGUUCUAUCAAUUGCCUGAAUCCCAGAGAGUUAAAGAUAUAUCACAUGAUCGUGUUGUGCAGCUGACAGCAGGCACUAUUUCCAAAAAAUCUUCUUCUUUGUGAGUUCGACAUCUUGUUUCUUUUUACGUUGUUUGGCACUUGAAAGUGGAAGUAAAUGCCAAAAGGAGGGU